GACUUCCCCAAGAUCGACGACAUCCACCCAUUCUACGCCGACCUGUGCAACGUCCUGUACGACAGGGACCACUUCAAACUGGCCCUGGGCCAGGUCAACACCACGAAGAAGAUCUGCGACAACAUCGCCAGGGACUACGUCAAAAUGAUGAAGUAUGCCGACAGCCU